GUGGAGGAGCUAUAAUGAUAAAACCUGGCAAAUUAGACAGCCAAGACAUACUCAAGUGCUGCCUUGUCACAUCUUUUUCCUUCUUCUUACAAAACCCUCCAAUCCCAAUUCUAACAUCUCAAAACAAUCUUGUUCCUUCUCUCUCUACAUCUCUCUCUCUCUCUCUCCCUCUCUGUUUGCGUAGGGUCGGACCCAAUACGACACUGGAUCAAGGGUUGCGGAUUGCAACCUUUUGAUUGGUCUCACUUCUCUUUGCCCAAUCAAAAACAUCAUUUGAUGAUAUAAAGAAGCCAACUCUGUCCACUGCAAAUCCCUUUCCUUUCUUUUCUAUUCCUCUUCAUUUCUUUCCAUAUUAAAUUUAUUUUUUCAAAUUUAUUUGUUUUGUUGGUGCUGUAUGAUCAACAUCAUCAUCGGAAAACACCAUAUUAUUUGUUAUUAAAUUCUAAUAACUAUUUGAAACAAAUGUCUCAAACUAGCUAUUACCGAUCACCGUUCGGAGACACGACUUACACCAAAGUCUUUGUUGGAGGAUUAGCAUGGGAAACUCCCACCGAAGAGAUGCGUCGUUACUUCGAUCAAUUCGGAGAGAUUCUUGAAGCAGUCAUCAUCACCGAUAAAAAUACUGGCAAAUCUAAAGGCUACGGUUUCGUCACGUUUCGAGAGGCGGACUCUGCGACGAGAGCCGUGGCUGAGCCAAACCCGGUGAUCGACGGAAGAAAAGCAAAUUGUAACAUUGCUUCUUUUGGACGGCCUCGACCAUCGCCACCUCGAGGUCGAGGACAAACAGGAAGUCCGAGUCAGUACCAAAGUGGAGGACCAUCAGCCUAUACUGGGAUGGCUUCACCACUGCCACCGGCUGCAGCUGGCCACCAGCUCAUGUACCCGUCCUAUGGGUACACCUAUAACCCUGAUCAGUUUGGAUACCACCAAGCACUGUACAACACACAGUUGCAACAAGCACAAUACUAUCAGCAGCAGCAACAGCUAUAUGGAGGAGGAGCCACAUCACCAUCAUCAUCAGCAGCCAUCAUGCCUUCUCCUUACUAUUACGGCUAUUCUCUUCAAGCUCCUAGAGUGCCAUACCAACAUCAUCAUCAUCUUCCUCAACCAUAUAACCCUCAACAACAUCAUCAUCAACGGUUUACUUCUCCUUUCCUCGUUUACCCAUCCAAUUCUUCUUUUGCACCUCCACUCCAAGGACCACUAUCUUCUUUCACUGAAUCUGAACCACCAGAACAAGUACUAGCAGAAGGCGAGGCAACAACAGCUGCUGCACCUGAAAUCACAACGGGCAACAAUAAAGAACCAAUUUCUUCUUGAUCUCUUGCGUUUUCCCAAUUUGUACAAUCUUCACAUUUUUUAUCUCUCUCUUCGCUGCACCUGAAAUUACAAACACCUAAUUCAUUUAUUUCUCAACCAGAGCUAUGUGACUUGAGCCCCAAGAAGACGACCCAAGAGUCAAGACUGUCUAUCUCUUUAUAAGACUCUUGUCAUAGUAUUUAUCUCCAUAUUUUUCUGAAGGAAUCUAUACAAACCGUGUCCUUCAUGUUCUUCUUUUUCGUUAUUUUCCAUUCUAAUAAUUUCAACUUUAUGCUAUAUGAUUCAUAUUCUUGCUUU